AUGACGACUGUCAAGGAAACUGACGUUGUCAUUGCUAAGUUCGAUUACAAAGCAACUGAUACCCAAGAACUUGACAUACAGAAGGGGGAGAAGUUGACUCUCAUGGAUGAUACUCAACAUUGGUGGAAGGUCAUGAACUCCUUUGGCCAAGUCGGCUACGUUCCAAGUAACUACGUCAAGCGAUCCAAACAGGGUCUGUUUUCGAGUUUGCGAAACACUCUUGGUCGACGAAAGAGUAGGACCGACCUUCCACCUCCAGCAACAGGUGCAUCGACUGGCGGUCGGCCACCUCUAGCGCAGGCCACAUCCACUCGUAACGGUGAAGUUUCGAGCUCAGGCGGAAAGGUUGCAAAGGUUAGUGCAGAAUCUCUUGACUAUGUGGCGCCUUCACUUCCGUCCUCCGGUUCCGGGCAGUCGCCUGCUAAGGACAGCGCAAUCAUCGGGUACCAACCUGUCGCCGGCCAAUUCUCUUCCAACGGCAUCAUGGACUCGCGAUCAUCCUUCCUGUCUUCUAAUCAACAGCUGCCACCUGCUCAUCCAGGCCUCAGGGAUCAGUCACCACAAAAGCCGUUAUCCGAUGGCGUUCCAUUGGAAGCUAAAAACGGUAAUGUUGGAUGGAGUACGAUUAACUGCGGUGCUGGUGGUGCUUCACGGAAUUCUGAUGUAGCGCCGAUGGCACGAGGAGGCGGACCUGUAGAUACUCACAGCAGUGGUGGUAGCAUUUCGUCGCGUCAAAUCUGCGUGGCGCGUUUCGCCUACACCGCCAGUCAACCGGACGAGCUUACCAUACAACGCGGAGAUCGAGUUUGUGUGCUUGAAAAGAGCUCUGAUGGUUGGUGGCAUGGUGUGCUUCUCCCUCCAGGAGGUUCCACCACUUUGCCACCCUCUCAAAAGCAGCAGACUUCUGGCUGGUUUCCCUCCAAUUACGUCACUAUGGAAUCUGCACCUAUGAAGCCCUCCGUUCUCGGAAAUACCAGUAUCGGUCAGCCAAGUAGCCUGAGUUGUGGUUCUCAAACGUUUGCCUCCAGCACCCCUCAUAUGCCUCCUACAGCAAUGGGUACCAAGCCAAGUGCGCUACCGAACACAUCAGCCACAUCCACUGCGCCCGUACGCGUCUCGCUUCCGCCACCACAGACCUCCACUUCCCAGGCGCCAUCAACGGCACCUUCCCUUGCGUCCUACUCAGCUGUACCCUUCCCUGCCUCCACCGUACUUUCCCCCCUCCAGCCGCAAUCAUUGCAAUCACCAUUAUCAUCACCAUCACAACCACCGCAACAGCAGCCACUCCAGCUUCAACCCACUGCAUUUGUUGAUGGAACCGGCGAUGCAAUGGAUGAUCGUCUCCACCAUCGUGAAACUGUCCUCACACUCUACCCUUUUACUAGAAACCAGGUUGAAGAGCUCUCCUUUGCAGCUGAUGAGGUGCUUGAGGUAAUCGACAAGCCUGCUGAUGAUCCAGAUUGGUGGCGUUGUCGAAACGCUGUUGGAAACAUCGGUCUCGUUCCGCGCAACUACAUUAGAGUUAUUAAGAAUCCCUUUCCAGCAGCCCUCCCGCCUGUUCGAUAUUCACCCUCGGCCAGCACUGUGGCGAUGACAGGAACCGCACCUCAACAAGUUACUGCUAGUGGUGCUAGCGGUGAGGAAGUGCGUCUGGUCUUCGCUAUGGCCUCACCAAAUGCUUCUGAGUUUGCUCGCAAGCCCUGGUAUUGGGGUGUCAUCUCACGCUCCGAGUGCGAAUCCAUUCUCAACAAUCUGGCCAUCUCUGGCGAAUUCAUCAUCAGGGACAGCGAAUCUCAUCCAGGUGACUUGACAAUUACAAUGAAUGCGGGAGCGAAGAAUCGAAAUUUCAAAGUGCAUGUUAAGAACGGUGAAUUUUAUAUCGGUCAGAAGGUCUUCUCAAGUGUGGACGCACUGAUAGAUAAUUACCGUAGGCAUCCAAUCUACAAGAGUGACCUGGAAAAGCAUUUCCUCACUCGGCCUUUUCAGCAUCCUGAUUGCGGUGCUUUUCUUCAUAAUCCCCUUCCACCGGCUUCCUCUCUUCAGGCUCCUAUGCUAAUGCAAUCACGAUAA